AGGCUUGCCAGAGCUAUCAAUCACGUCGACGCACGUUUUUCACCUCCCAUGCCUCAGAUCGUUUUCUAUCAAUCAGGUGUAGGAACGGAAUCAAAUGCGUAUGCCGCUAUACUUGAUGGUUCGUUCAGGGAUAAGGUUCAAGAGGCAUAUGCUUUCAUUGCCCAUAAUUAUGAACCAGGGGACGAGAUCUUCCUGUUCGGCUUCUCUAGGGGCGCAUACACCGCACGUAUGAUCGCGGAAGUCAUCGGACACAUCGGUGUUCUCGAUCGUACUGAGAUGGAUCACUUUGCAGAGAUCUACAUAGAUUUCCAGAAACGUGGCAAGGCUGACAAUCAGGCUGAACGGAAAGCGUUAGACAAGAUGCUUGCCCCAUGGACAGGCCAUAACUCUCCUGGAAAAAAGAGGGCUGACUAUGACGACGAUUCGUUCUCGAUAAAAUGUGUUGGCGUGUUCGAUACGGUCGGAUCUCUAGGUCUUCCGGAGGAGCUCACGCUCAAAUCUAAGAAAUUCAAGACCCUGUUCGGAUUCCCGGAUUCUAAUCUAGGGGUGCACGUGGAGAGGGCGUAUCAGGCUUUGGCGCUGAACGAGACAAGGGCUGACUUCAAUUGCAACAAGUUCCAUCAGAAAGAGGAAGGGAGGAAGAAGCACCAAAUAUUGAAGCAAUGUUGGUUUGCCGGCUCUCAUUCUGAUAUCGGCGGUGGAUUUGAAGAGCAUGACCUGUCUGAUUUAACGCUGUAUUGGAUGGCUGCCCAAGUCGGCGACAUAUUGUCCUUGGACAUCAAAUACCUCACCUCUAUCAUUCGUCCAAACGCACCUUGGGGUAAGCAAGAGCCUCACGACUCGGUCAAAGGUGUCUUUGUGCUUGCAGAUAAGAUUCAGCGGCAGUUCCCAAAGUCUUUCAAUCCCGUCACCCAGGAAACUAUUCACCCUUCUGUCCUCAAACAAGACAAGAUCUGUCCCACUUUGAAGGACGCAUUAGAUGAGCAUCCUGAGCUUCUUGCGGACCUGAUGCCGCUUGAGAAGGAGUUGAAGGUGGACUGG